AUGAUUCGGCUAGAUCGAGAACACGAAGCUCGAAAAGCAGACCCGUUUUUACUCCGCCAACAAGUCCAAAGGCUGAUCCCCGACUCAUCACUUGUUGUUGACGCAUGGCAGGUUCCGGACGGCGUGGCAGUACUUGCCGCAUCGCCGGCAAAAGCAGCUAGUAUUUUACAGCAUAGUGAAGCCAUUGCUGCAAGAUUUGGUAAUGCUACGGUGGAAAGACAAGAAACUUGGACGACAUUUGUCGUCGGCCCUAUUCCAAAGAAAGAUAACACACUAGACGGAGGCUAUAACCCAUUUGAAGGGCUUUUACUAGAGGAGCCGGCGAUUCGAGCUAUAAAAGAUGACACUCCUAUUCGACACCUAGCCUGGACACGUCGGUCUACAGACUCUCUGAGCCCGUUUGGGCACAUCAAAAUUCAUGUUCCUGAGGCAAGGGCACACAAAGUGCCAUCCCGGAUGCAGCUUUUCGGACAAGCAUCAAGCGUCUAA